UACGACGCCUGGCGCAACGAUCUAUCGAAAAUGCUUCGCUGCAACUAAUUCUCACCCCCGUCCCCUAUAAAUGUGAUGGAACAUUCCGCACAGCCAAACCAAAAAGGGGCACAUAAGAAGUUGUUGUUGUUGAGAGGCAGAAACCAAACGUCUGCAUUUGAAUUUGACACCAAUUUAACCUCUGUGGUGUUUGCGUAAAACCUCCCACCACUUAGUGUGACAUGGCGAAACACAUUCCAAACUUACUUUCACGUAUGUCAGCUGGUGGGCUUGUGUCGAGUGUGGCCGCCGGUGUCAGUUUCAAGCAUAUUAUGUUAACUCCUGGAGGUAUCCAGGUGGGAAGGAGGCCAGCGACAAGUCUCGUCCGCGGCUAUAUUAACCCCGCGAACCUUACGACCCCCACCGCAACUCACUGGAGGUCCACCACGGGGGAUUAUUUUUCUGUACCGCGUAGGAAGCAAGCUACGUCGGGCAUUGUCAUUGGCAUAGGGGCGCUGACAAGGUGUCUCCACACAGGGGCGAUGGCAGCCAUGAAAGUUGACCUGAACGCCCCUGAGGGCGACUGGAAAGAGAUCAAGGAGUUCCUGUUGUCUCAGCCUCUGGAGAUCAAGCGCAAAUACUCCAGGACUGACCCAGUACGACUAGCCGACAUCCCAGGUUGGCCGCAUGCUGGAGUGUUGGGUUGUUCUGAAGUCAGCCAUUACCCAAAAAAUCAAAAGCUUGAUGGGAAAAUUUCAGUCUACAGUGGUAACAUCACAGUUCUGGAGGUAGAUGCCAUAGUAAAUGCAGCCAACCAGACUCUGCUUGGAGGAGGUGGAGUGGAUGGAGCUAUCCACCGUGCUGCAGGGCCCCUCUUAAAGAAAGAGUGCGCCACCCUCCACGGCUGCCAGACCGGACAAGCAAAGGUCACCUGCGGCUACGGCCUCCCCGCCAAAUAUGUGAUCCACACAGUGGGGCCGAUUGUUCAAGGCGGCGUCGGGGAAGCAGAGAAAAGCGCUCUGAGGUCAUGCUACAACAACAGCCUGCGGAAGGCGACAGAGAGCAACGCGCGCUCAGUGGCCUUCCCGUGCAUCUCCACUGGAGUCUAUGGGUAUCCACCUGAGCAGGCUGUGCAUGAGGCCUUGGCGACCGUGAGGGAGUAUCUCGACGAGCACCAUGACAAGCUGGACAGAGUCAUCUUCUGUGUGUUUUUGCCAAAAGACCAGAAGUUGUAUCUCCAGAACAUCCCCCUCUACUUUCCCUUUGAGCUCAAAGAGACUCCUCUGAUGAAUAAAUUGUGAGAGUGGCGAGUCCACCCCUCCUCAUCUUCCUCUCCGUCGGCAGAUGAAGCCCUCCAGCAGCUGGAAGAUGACUCAUAAGUACUUUAUUUAAGUCCUGCUUUCCUUUCUGCCUUUCCUUCUCAUAUUAUAGUUUAAGAGAGGACUGUGGUGUUGUCAUCGUCAUCAUCAUCAUCAUCAUCGUCAUCAUCAUUAUGAGCAUGCACUCUUAUGUACUUUUGCAGACACUCACACACACAGACUUAUUAAAGCUAAU